ACUCGGACUUUCCUUCUCGUGCGUGUCGCUUCGUUUUUUCGGUUCCUGUACGCGCGUGCAGUGUGCUGUGAUCGAUCGAUUCUUCGUUUAUAAUAAUCAGUGCAGUCGAUGGGCCAAGGCGCGAUGGCGCGCUCUUGGACGAUCUUGAUCGGUUUCUGCCUUCUCGGCUGGACUUCUGCGGCUAAGGUCAGCUCGAAGGAGUCCUCAGUAACAGCGCCCUGUAUCCACGAUACCAAGUUCUACAGGAAUUCCAAGACCCCAGCUCAUGCGGUCUGGACACCUGCGGAAUGCGCCAAGUAUUACCUCUGCCUGGACAACGAGGUGUUCGAGUUCAAGUGCUCGCAGGGUCUGUUGUUCGACGUGAGCCGUCAGAUUUGCGACUUCAAGGCGAACGUUGACAACUGCGACGUCAUUCUGGAGGAGGCGCCGUCGAAACCGCUGUUGGAGAACGGAAACUGCGAAGAGGGACACUUGGCCUGUGGUGACGCUAGUUGUAUUCUGAGUCAGUACUUCUGCGAUGGGAAUCCGGACUGUCCCGAUGGUUCCGAUGAAGCCUUUUGUGACCAUCAACAUGACGCAAACAGCGCACUGCCGUGUGACAAGAACCGAUGUCAUCUUCCCAACUGCUGGUGUUCGUCGGAUGGAACAGAGAUACCGGGGAAUCUCACCUCUCCGACGAUACCUCAGAUGAUAGUGAUUACUUUCGAAGACGCCGUCAAUUCGGAGCACUUUGACUUCGUCAACAAACUGUUCAUCGACGAUAGGAAAAAUCCCAACGGCUGUCCGAUCCGUGCUACCUUCUACGUAAGCCACCAGUACACGAACUACAGAGAUGUGCAGCAACUUUGGAAUCUUGGUCAUGAAAUCGCUGUUCACUCCGUGACUCACCGAGGUCCUGAAGACUGGUGGAUGAAGAACGCGACGCUCGAGGACUGGUUCGACGAGAUGGUCGGCGAGGCGAACAUCAUCAACAGGUUCGCUGGAGUUAGAAUGGAGGAUAUGAAAGGUUUGAGAGUCCCUUUUCUGCGGGUCGGCUGGAAUCGUCAGUUCCUUAUGAUGCAAGAGUUCGGCUUCGUGUACGAUUCGAGUAUCGUAGCUCCGCCUUCUAAUCCUCCGAUCUGGCCAUAUACCCUCGAUUACCAACCUCCAUACGGUUGCACUGCUGUCGGACAACUCUGUCCCACCAGGUCAUAUCCAGGAAUCUGGGAGAUUCCUAUAAAUCCGCUCUUCGUAGAGGAUCAGCACUGUCAGACGCUGGAAACGUGUUCCAUAAAUUUGAACGAGGACGAGAUCUACGGUGCCCUGAUGAACAAUUUCAAGAUGCACUACUCCAGUAACAGAGCUCCAUUAGGACUUCAUUUUCAAACUUCGUGGCUUCAAACGCCUUCGAAUUAUCUAGCACUUUCAAAAUUCAUCGACGACGUAUUGCGCUUGCCGGACGUCUACUUUGUUUCGAAUCAACAGGUACUGGAAUGGAUGAGAAAUCCAACGUCUCUCGAUCACAUUCGCGCAUUUAAACCCUGGCACUGUUUCGGCAAAAAGUUCGAUACUUACGAAAUAUUUUGCGACGUGCCAAACACGUGUAAAUUGCCAAGCAGAAUAUUGAAAACUCACAGGUACUUGCACACAUGCUACGACUGUCCUAAACAAUACCCAUGGCUGCGCAAUGAAUUUGGACAUGAUUGAGAUGGUGGAAAAGUAUUUUCUAACAACUAUUGAUACUACAAGCUUUUAAAUUACUGUGAUUGCAGUGCUAGUAUUAAGCUGACUGAGUACCUUAAUUAGCUGUAGAAAUAAUUUUUUUUUUUACUUUUACUUCUACGAGACACGUAUGUAUGCAUAGACUAAUCUUUAGAGAAUAAUAAUUGAGAAUCUAAUUAUCAAAGCAUCGAUUUAUUUAGUUAAUAGAAUCGUGACAUUUGGUCAACUAAUUAAAAAUAGUUAAGCAUAGAUUUAGUUAAGAAAACUCAAAAAAUACAAAAUGAAUAAAUCAGUACUGUAAAUUGA